AUGGAGAGAUGCCAUUAUUAGAGAAUGAUUCAAAAGGAUUUCUUGUGCUUGGUUGUACAUUGCAUUUAGUUUGUCGUGGACAGUGAUACUAAAAUAACUAAUUUGUGCCUAAGUCGUUGUAGACUUUCUAACUCACUUGAGACCAAAAUUAAUGUUUUGUUUUUGCUGCUGUUUUUACUAGCUUCAAUAUGAGAUGUGAAUCAAUUAAUGUACAUGUAUGCCUUUUUACUUUUUGUUGAGACUUUACUGCUUUAAUUGUCCACCACAAGUGCAAAGUAUUAACAGUAAUAUCUCUAACACAGUUAUAGUAGUGUAUCUGUUGCAUAUUUCAGUGCUGCUUCAAACCAUAUUUAUGCAAUUUCUAGUGUUUUUCCUGUAACAAUCUGCCUUUGUGUGACAUAAUGGCUUUCUUGAUGCAAAUGCCAUGAAGACGGGAUUUGGAAUUCAAGUUAUGUUUUAGAAUGUCGUUGUUGAUUGUCUACUCUAGGGCAGCAAAAAUGUAGGUGGGCAACUUAUUUUCAGCCUUGUUUACUGUAGGUUGCUUAAAAUUAUGGCCCCCUGCUAACUUUUCCUUAAAAGGAAAGGCCCAGUUAAACAGUGUUGAAGAAGUGGUUCACAGAUCAGUGCAUAGGAUAGCCAUUUCUGGAAGUGUGGUGUAUGUUGGGAUGAAGGAUAGUUUUAAAAUGAUUUUUAAGGGGUUUUUGAGAGAAGGGUGAGUGAAGGGUUUGUUGCCAUAUGAGCUGUUUGCUUUUGGGACUACACAAUAUGAGGAAUAAAUAGGACACUAAAAAAAUGAAGACAUGGCUCAAAAAAGCUGUAUGCUGUUCUCGGGGGUUUGUUGUGUAGGAUAAUGGCAUUUGGUAAGCCACUGAGGAAAAGACGUAUUCCAAAAAACAGUUCCCAGGAGCUCUCCUUCAUGGGUUUUGUAUAUUGUUAAUAUUCUAAUUUCUUGAAUUAUUUUUAAUUAAUUAAUUUAUUUAUUUAUUUAUUUUUAUGAAUUGUCCCACUAAGCUGUGUAAAAAGAAUCAUCAUUCUCUUUUCUCUGCGUCAGAUUGCAGGUUUUCUACUUGUUCCGUGACUUUAUCUUUUUAAGAAGACGAGUUGUUUUCGUUUUUUUUUUCUUCAUGUUCGCAUGUUAUGGAAGUAAGGGGAAUCUGAGUCAGAGCAGUUCGUUUUGCGUCAGCGCCUUGAUACAUUUACCAUGGCAUCCCCUCAGCCGGGACAUGGAGAAUAAGGAGACGCUGCGUGGCCUGCAGAAGAUAGAGGACCGGCCGGAGGAGCGGAUGAUCCGGGAGAAGCUCAAGGCCACCUGUAUGCCCACCUGGAAACAUGAGUGGCUGGAGAGGAGAAACAGGAGAGGCCCUGUGGUCGUGAAGCCCAUUCCCCUGCGGCCAGACGGCAGCGAGGCUGGUCGGCAGGCGCUCGAGGCUGGCAGUGACAGUCCAGGCUCAUCUUCCUCCCAUAGCAGGGGCCUCCGCAGCCCCUCUCCCAGCCCCUCCUCAUCCUCCACCUCUUCCACCUCCUCAUCUGCCAAGACCGGUGGGAAGCCUGAGUCUCCUGGCCUUCGCAGGAAGAGGGCAUCCCCAGUUCCUUUCCAGAGCGGCAGGGUAACGCCCCCUCGCCGAGCUCCGUCGCCCGAUGGCUUCUCCCCAUACAGUCCAGAAGAGACCAAUCGCAGGGUCAACAAGGUCAUGAGGGCCCGGCUCUACCUGCUCCAGCAAAUAGGACCUAACUCCUUCUUGAUUGGAGGAGAUAGCCCUGACAACAAAUACCGUGUGUUCAUUGGACCUCAGACGUGCAGCUGUGGUCGAGGAACUUUCUGCAUCCACGUCCUCUUCGUUAUGCUGAGAGUCUUCCAGCUGGAGUCAUCCGACCCUCUACUCUGGAGAAAGACUCUCAAAAACUUUGAGGUGGAGAGCCUAUUUCAGAAGUACCACAAUCGGCGGAGCUCGAGAAUCAAAGCUCCGUCGCGCAACACCAUCCAGAAGUUCGUUUCGCGCAUGUCCAACUCUCACACCAGCUGUACCUCCAGCUCCUUGCCCUCCAGCAAUGAGAGCAGUAUGAAGGACGAGGAAGAGCAGAUGUGUCCGAUCUGUCUGUUGGAUAUGCUGGACGAGGAAAGUCUGACUGUGUGCGAGGAGGGAUGCAGGAAUAAGCUGCACCACCACUGCAUGUCCAUAUGGGCAGAAGAAUGUCGGCGGAACCAUGAACCCUUAAUCUGUCCUCUGUGUAGAGCCAAGUGGAAGUCUCAUGACUUUUACAGUCAUGACCCAGCGUCUGCAGUGGAGAGCCCUACAAGUCGAUCCCAGAGCCAGCCAUCUUCAUUCACUUCAUCAUCCUCACACACCGAAGGCCAGAGGGCGGCCCAAGAGGGAGACUUCUCCUUGCCUCACUAUGGAGUGCAGCAGAUCCCACAGACCUAUAAAGACCUGGCUGAGCCCUGGAUCAAAGUGUUUGGUUUGGAGUUGGUGGGCUGUCUUUUCUCCCGAAACUGGAAUAUCAGAGAGAUGGCACUGAGGCGACUGUCACAUGAUGUGAGUGGUGCUCUGCUGCUGGCCAAUGGUGAGCGCUCAUUGGCAAGCGGAGGUGCCGGAAUAGGUGCGGGGCUUGGAGCAGCAGGAAAUGAAAUCUCAGGGGAUGUGGUGGUAGAGUCCUGCUGUAGUGUACUCUCCAUGGUGUGCGCAGACCCUGUCUACAAAGUCUACGUGGCAGCCCUGAAAACCCUGCGUGCCAUGCUGGUCUACACACCAUGCCACUCUCUGUCGGAGCGCAGUCGUCUCCAGCAGCUGCUCCGACCGGUGGUUGAGACCAUCCUGGUCAAAUGUGCCGAUGCCAACAGUCGCACCAGCCAGCUGUCUGUGUCCACUCUCCUGGAGCUGUGUAAAGGGCAGGUUGGGGAACUGGCUGUGGGUAGAGAAAUUCUUAAAGCGGGUUCUAUUGGUAUAGGUGGAGUGGACUAUGUGCUGAAUUGUAUCCUGGGCUCCCAGACGGAGGCCAAUAACUGGCAGGCUCUGCUGGGCCGCCUGUGUCUGAUCGACAGGCUACUCCUGGAAUUCCCAGCCGAGUUCUACCCCCAUAUUGUGUCUUCAGUAGACUGUGGAAAGGCCCAGAACCAGGUGGAGAGGUAUCAGAAGCUGCUGCCUCUACUGAGCUUUGCGCUACAGUCCAUCGAUAACUCCCACUCCAUGGUGGGGAAGUUGUCCCGCCGCGUGUUCUUGAGCGCCGCCCGCAUGGUGGCACGCGUGCCUCACGUCUUCGUCAAGCUGCUGGACAUGCUCAGCGUCACCAGCUCCACCCACUACGCCCGGAUGCGUCGUCGCCUCCUGGCCAUCGCUGAGGAGAUGGACAUCUUGGAAGCCAUUCACUUGGGCCUGGAGGAUGUGCGGUCAGGCCCCGGGCAGCAGUGCGACGCCUUCCUGGAGCCCUCAGCACCCCACAACUCGCCCAUCCACACCGAGAGGAACUCUCCCACCCAUGGAGCGCAGCCGCCCACCUGCAGGGCAACCUGGGGCGGUGCAGCGAGCACCAGACCCGUGGACGAGAUUGUAGAGAGGCUGGAAGCUAUCGCCAUGGCCCCCGCCGACCACCCAAAGCCCCCAGUGCAGCUUCGAAGCAGACCCCUGAGCCAGUGCCUGAACUCGCCCUCUUCCAAUCACCCAGCCCCACUGCCCUCGCCCUCCUCCUGCCAUGCCCCAGCCUUACCCCCAGACAAACCCAAAGCACGGCCACAGAGCUUCCACCCUGGCAAGCCCGCCCAGGCUUCCCCCGGUGCCCAGCGUAAGUUUCCCCUACAGAAGGCCACCGGUGGAGGGUCAAGCGGCAAGGACCCAGAAAAGCUGCCCUCGCCCCUGUUUGCUCAGGCCAGGCCGCUGCCUUCCAGCCAGGUCCAUCGACCCCGGCCCUCACGACCCUCCCCCUCCGCCUCCUGUGAGGCUAAAGCUCCAUGCCUCGGCAUGAAGCUUGACCUCCAGGAUGCUGCACCAGUGGACGGCGCCGUAUUCGUCCCCAGCGAGGAUGCAAUCUUCACCCCUGUGGAGGAGAAGUUCCGCGGCCUUGACGCGUCAGCCGAGCUCAACUCCAGCAUGGAGGACCUCCUGGAAACCUCCAUGCCGGCAGUUGACAGCACAGUCACCUUCCAGUCGGAAGUGGCAGUGCUGUCGCCGGAGCAGGCGGGCACGGACGAUGAUGGAUACAGCCAGGACGUGACGCAGAACCAGAAGUGCAAGGAGAAGAUGGAGGCUGAGGAAGAGGAAGCGCUGGCUGUCGUCAUGGCGAUGUCUGAGUCCCAAGACGCCCUGCCCAUCAUCCCACAGCUGCAGGUGGACAAGGGAGAGGAUGUCAUCAUCAUUCAGGUGGAUACCCCAGAGACACUGCCUGGGCAUACCAAAGCGAAACAGCCCUACUGCGAGGGCAUGGAGUGGCUGAAGGGACAGCAGAUCGGCCUUGGAGCCUUCUCCUCCUGCUACCAGGCACAAGACGUUGGAACUGGAACACUAAUGGCUGUCAAACAGGUGACGUAUGUGCGGAACACCUCGUCGGAGCAGGAGGAAGUAGUGGAGGCCCUCCGGGAGGAGAUCCGUAUGAUGAGCCAUCUCAACCACCCCAACAUCAUCCGCAUGCUGGGUGCAACCUGCGAGAAGAACAACUACAACCUCUUUGUAGAAUGGAUGGCAGGCGGCUCUGUGUCUCAUCUCCUGAACAAGUAUGGGGCCUUUAAGGAAGGCGUGAUCAUCAACUACACAGAGCAACUGCUCCGAGGCCUGGCUUACCUCCACGAGAACCAGAUCAUCCACCGUGACAUCAAAGGUGCCAACCUGUUGAUUGACAGCACAGGUCAGAGGCUGCGGAUAGCUGACUUUGGUGCCGCUGCCAGGCUGGCCUCCAAGGGCACAGGCGCGGGCGAGUUCCAGGGCCAGCUCCUAGGCACCAUCGCCUUCAUGGCCCCCGAAGUGUUGCGAGGACAGCAGUAUGGCCGUAGCUGUGACGUGUGGAGUGUGGGUUGCGCCAUCAUCGAGAUGUCCUGCGCCAAGCCCCCUUGGAAUGCAGAGAAGCACUCCAACCACUUGGCUCUCAUAUUCAAGAUUGCCAGUGCCACCACCGCACCCACCAUCCCCUCACACCUGUCCCCGGGCCUGAGGGACGUCACCCUGCGCUGCCUGGAACUGCAGCCUGCUGACCGGCCUCCCUCCCGGGAGCUGCUCAAACACCCCAUCUUCCGCCACUGGUAGCCCUGAGGCCCCAGAGAAGCCACGCUAGCACACCACUACUGCUAUUACUACUGAAGGGACUGUCUGGUCCUGUUCCCCUCAGCACUAGUGCUAGCUCUGUCGCACGUGCGCUCACGCACACACACACACACACAAACAAACAGUGGGUCCUUACUGCUGUAGCCUUAGCACAUAAAACAAAAGCAGCCUAAGACUCACCUUCCUUGACAGUGCCUUUGUGAGAGUGCCAUGUCCUUAUACUUUCUCGGUCAAGGCGAGUCUCUGUGCUGUGGGGAAUGCUUCUUUUUUUU